GGUUAUGGGGCGAAACAACCGCCGGGUUAGUGCUAACAGUGGAUUACUAAACAAACCAGAUACACCCGUGAAACCAUCGCUGAGCAGACGAGACAAGCACAGGCGGCGUCUGCUCAGCAAACAUUAUGAGGCAUUUCCAGAGGAGCCUGAAGUGGAGGACAUGAUUAUCCUCACUGUCAAACCAACCAGUUCUGUGUGGACUAGCAUUAAGAAACCUGGCUGCCAAGUGUCAUCAGUAUGGUACCCAACCAUUCAUGGGACCCCUGACUCAGAGGCUUUCAAGGGUGGUGAAAUGCUAGUUAAAGAAGAAGAGCAAAACCUGGCAGUGACUCCAGAAAGCGUCAAGUCUUCUAGCACGGAGACAGACACAACUUUCAACUUUGAUGAUGAUGAGGAAGAUUGUUACUCCUCUGCCUCUUCAUCUUCCAGCAGCCUACCCUCACCGGAGAUCUUCAGAAAAGAGAACUAUGUGGAAACUAAGGAGGAGCUGCUGGGUCUCGAUCUUCACAUAAAAAACUCCACAUUGCUGGAUGUGAGCCAUGCUGAGACCAUCCACAUGUAUCAUCCCCCCAACCUUUCUACCAUCAUUGGUGCCUCCACAAUUCUUGCUGAAAAGGACUGUGAGAUCAGCGACCACAGAGGACCUGAAGCUGAGACUAAAAUACAGGCAGACUCAUUUAAACCAGACAGUCAGACACAAGCAUUAAAGUGGAACACCUCAGUGAAAGUAAGAAAGUCACCUGGCCAUCUUUUACAGAUCACCAACAAAAGACCUAUUUUGUGCAAGAAGAAGAAGGUAUCAUUCAAAAACCCCAUCAUUGAUGAGAAAUUUGAAGCAAAAUACAUCCCAGCCACUAAAUUAACCAUGCAUAACACCAGUGAGUCAGUCCGAAUAUCCGGCCCAGCCGAGCAGAUCAAGCCUGAUUCAGAAACAUCCAGAGUGCCUGCUAAGCACACAGAAGCCUCUGUUCUGUGA